AAUAUUAGAGUGACCUCCCCUACAAAAUGGCCGCGCCCAUGCUUUCAAAGGGUGAAACUAAAUCAACUUUAGGAGAGACGGUGAAACAGAAGCAAAAGAAAGAAAUAAAGAAGCACAAGAAUGUCUUAUUUAAUCCCUUUGCAUACAAAUGGCCAGUGAUAGACAAAUAUUUUGAAGGAAGAAUCCUGGAUGAGCUGCAGAGCGUGCUGAAGUCUGUCCCUAUCAAAUUGCCAAGGAGACCUGCAUCAUACUUUAAGGGGAAGAAGCAAACAGAUAACGAACAGCAGUUGUGUGAUGAAGAAAAGAAUGCUGAAAAUGAGAGACGGAAACUCAGAUCGCAGAUUGUGUGUGGUGUCAGGGAGGUCACACGAGGCUUGGAGAAGGAUGACCUCGACCUUAUUAUAGUAUGCCGAUCUACGAAACCCUCUCUCAUCACCAAACACCUCAUCCCAUUGGCUGCCAGUCGAGGAUGUCCAGCUCUCUGUAUCCCAGAGUUCAAUUCCAAGAUUUCCCCCCUGCUUGGCGUGACCAGUGUGGUGGCAUUGGGGUUUAAGAAGGUUGCAGCAGGCAGUGAGUCGAGCUUCCACGAGUUCGUCACAUACAGCAAGAGUAAGGCUCCUCCCAUCAAUACGCCCUGGUUAAACAGGUCCCUGGAAGUGAACUCCUUUGACGGUACAGAUCCGACAACGUUGCUGGAGUCUUCCGCAGACGGUGGGGCUGGUGAUACCUCUGCCGUCACAGAUGAUGUGUCCAAAGACAGAAGUAGUCGGGAGAAUUCACAGUGUGAAACUGACCUCGUAUCCCUCCAAGACAGUUUGCUCACUCCAGUGAUGUCCAGUGGGUUUAUUUCACUUGAGUCCGACUCAGACAGAAAACUGUUGGAAGAUUCAAAGAAUAAGUCCCAAGCUAAAAACUUUGCAGAUAAUUUAGAGACAGGUUUUUUGUCUUUGUCACCAGACUCCCACAAUGAUCCAGAUGAAGAUGCAAGUCCAUCACAAUCUCAGCUUUCAUUCUCUUCAAAAGAGGCUGGGAAAUCCCCGACCAAAACAUCUGCUGAUAAAGAGGCUGGGAAAUCCCCAACUAAAAACACUGCCCAUAAAGAGGCUGGGAAAUCUCCAACUAAAAUCACUGCCCAUAAAGAGGCUGGGAAAUCCCCAACUAAAAGCACUGCCGAUAAAGAGGCUGGGAAAUCCCCAACUAAAAUCAGUGCCCAUAAAGAGGGUUGGAAAUCCCCAACUAAAAACACUGCCGAUAAAGAGGGUGGGAAGUCCCCAACUAAAAACACUGACGAUAAAGAGGCUGGGAAAGGUGUACGUUUUGUCUUUCCCGUUGACGGACCUCCACCGUUUGUUCCAAAGAAGGACUACUCACAUUUAUAUGUGUAUAAGAGUGGUGGUUCAUUUGGGGAUAACUUUAUCCCUCUCUCGGGCUCAAAGGGCCAUAAACGCGUCCUCUCACCACAACGCUCCACAUCCGAGUCCGAGUCUGCUGAUGAGGAAGUGCUUGGCAUUCUGGGAAUGGAACAGCCAGUAGCCAAGAAACCGAAACAUUCCUCAAAUGUCGACAAAUCGGGAUCCUAUCGACCUGCCGUUGUUCGGACAAUGAUUCCGAAUUUGAAUAAGAAAAGGAAAAGGAAGAGAUAGUGUAUGGAUAUUGUGUCCCAAGAAUAAAAGCUCAAUAAUCUGUU